AUAUAUAUAAAAUGUAAAAUCGAAAUCUAAAUAGUAGUACAUCAGUAGACUUCCGAUCGUUAAAGAGCACGAACCGUACGAGCUAAACCAUGAAUAUGAAGAGCAUCGUCUUAUUUCCGCUUUUUAUAACAAUGUAUUUAUUCUUGGGGGCACAAGGAACUUGCAACAAUUUCCAUGGUCAGAAUCUUAGUGUGGGGACGCACUACAUAAACUGCACUGAAUAUGAGUGUCACUCGGAUGGAUCUAUGACCGGGCUUCCAUGUGCAGACUACGCAUGUGCUGAAGGAAAAGAAAUUGGCUACCGCGAAACGGAUUAUAGCAAACCUUUUCCAGAAUGUUGUGGGGGACCAAUUUGUGCAUAAAAAAAAUAUUUUAAAUCGGGCAAUGUAAAGUUAAAUAAAUAUUGAUUAGAAACUGAAA